GAAUCAAGUGCUUUAUAUUAAUAUAUUCCAUAUGCAUUGCAUAAAAUACACAUUUCCCCAGAAAUGCAUUGAUGUGAGCAUUAUCAUGGGGCAUAAACUGUACGUGCAAUACACUAAUACACGAAUCAAUAGCCCAUUUUCAAGAAUCCGAACUAGUGCUAAAGUUAUUGCGCACUCUGCGAGAACCUCAGCGUACAUUUUCCGUUAUGCCACUGAGCUGUAAAAAUACAUUUUUGUAGUUAACUGAUGAAUUCAGAGGUCAUAAACUGAGAAAAAUUCUUAUGCGAAUGCUUUACCCAGAAUCACCUGUGGAUGGAAUCUUAUAAACUCUCGAGCAAGCAGCUGGAAUGCAGACUUGGAAUAUUGCGCGUACAACAGUGAAAUAAUAUUGUACAACUUCCCGUGGAUUACAAUUAAGACAUACUUUUGGCCUUAAGAUAUAAUGGCAGUGUGGGAGAGUGUUUCAAUGAUCAUGAGUAAUUUAGAAAUUUACUGAGAACAUUUAUUGACCCUCGUGAAUGUAACAGAGGAACGUAUUGAUUGUAGAACACUUUUCGCAAACAGUUAUUAAAUGCAGUAAAGUGUUGUUGAAAAAUUGUCUGCGAGGCAAAACCAUGGACUCUGAGGAAGAAAAGGACAAGAUUAUCCGGCCUCUGAAGACUCAGAAGUCUGUGCAGAUAGUGGACAAUCGGCCUGAGAUAGUCGAGGUGCGAGAGAAACAUGGGCCUCUGUAUAAGGCCAUUCCCAAAAUGCCAGUGCCUCUGGCUGUGUUCUGCUGCAUUCUCAAUAUAGGACUUCCAGGAAUUGGCACGUUGGUGUCGGCGUUUGCUGUGCUUUGUGGAGCUCCGACGAUGCUAAACAAGCGCGUGCCUGCAUUCUUCCUGGACGUGCUGUCAGCAUUCCUUCAACUGAUCACCUUCUUCGUCAUCGUCGGCUGGGUCUGGAGCAUUCUCUGGGGCAUGAACAUGAUCACCAUAGCAAUGAACUGGGGAGAGGAACGAAAAACACCUUAUUAUUGCAGAAGACAAAGUAGCAUCGAUGUCCCUUGAAAGCUUGGUCUGCACCUGACAGCGUCGCCCAGGCGUCUCAUUCCCCAGGCGUUUUUCAUGAACAGACGAACUUCUCUUGUUCUUUUGUUUGUCUUUGAGAAUAUCGUCUGUCAUAUCUCAUUGACAUAAAGCUAAUAUUUAAUCUGUACACGAGAUGUUUUUUUACUCUGAAGUCUCAGUGUGCGUCAAGGCAUUCAUUAUGAUGCGUGGAAUGCAAACAAAGUAAAAAACCAGUCACGAUAGUUGCAUAUAUUGAAGCAACAUUUACGAUCUGCAUACGACACUUUCUUGAAAUGAUAGUACAAAACACAUGUGAAAAGACUGUCUUAGGUAAAUUGGUGUGGUUUAAUGGUUUAUUUAUCUAGUUCACUCUUGUUUUUCAAUAGGCUAUACUGUUAGGGCAAUAAGCUUUGUGGUAAAUAAUAAAUAGCAUCUGGAAAAGUUAUCCAAACUCACAUUAAUACAAGAGAUGCAUGUCAUAAAAGGCUGGUUCUACUUUCCACGAAUACACAGGUUCUGUACUGUUAGCAAAUAAUAAACCAAAUGACAAGUUAAUUAAAAUAUCAUAUAGCAUUUAUUUAUAUACGUUGUGUUGUUCACAUCACCAAACAUUAUGUAACCCUUCCAUUAUAAUUUGUUUAUCUGUUAUUUUUAUUUAGUGUAACUGUUACAGUAUUUAAGUGCAGUAUGUGUGUUUUCCGUUCUGUUCAUUCAGAUGUUUGGGCUACACUAUUGACACCUUUGUUCAUUCUGUUCGUCAUUGGCAUUCAUUAUUUUGGUUUUGAUCAAUUAAACCAUUUUUGGGCAUAAAUAAGCACGGAAAAUGUCAUGCAACGCAUGCAUUUUUCUUAACGUUUUAAGUAUGUUGGUGGUUGUUGUACAUAUUCACUACAUUCAUCCUAUUUAUUUUUUGUCCAUAACGUUUAGUGAAGUUUAACACCGUUAUUAAUAACAUUUUUUUUUAAAUAUUUUGUCUGUUUUGAAUAAGUUCACAUCGUACAUCACAAUAAAGUGCAAAUAAAAAGCAUUACUCAAGAUAUGAACGUCUUAUACUACGUUAGUUUGAUAAUUUUGUAUGUAUCUUGUAUCUUGUAACAUUUACUGUUCAGAAAAUUUAAAGAAAUUACGGAAUUAUGA